CUUGGGUAGGCGAAGGUUCGCUCGUGAGUGUCUCCGGAAAGGGCCGAAGCAAACUGACGUCAUCAACUUGCGCCGCCUAUUGGAUGCUCGUAUCUUCACAUAAUGUGAAACAAAACUAACCACCACAACGACAAUGUAACGUAUCCGACUGUUUGUUUUAUGCUUUUUCUCAACCUUUCACUUUAUGCACAGUAAGAAUUUAAAGUUGCUCGUCAAAACUUCCUCUAUGUCCUCCGACGCCUUGUCUCUGUUUUGGCUGAAGCUAAAGCUAAAGCUUUUAGCUUCAGGAGUCAAGGGUGAAGUAAUCCUGAUCCAAAGUAUAGUACAUAACUGUCAAUGAGCCACAAUCAACACCACCAGGUGCUCGACUGUCUCGACCAUUAAUAUUGGCUGGGAAAAGCCAGAGCACAAACACUAUUCUGGAUUUGAGGCCAGUUUAAUAGAAGAAAAGAAGAACAAAAAGUAAAUAUCACAUGGAUAAUAAGAGCAAUAGGGAAGAGGAGAUCACAGUUUGAAGAGCCUGGGAUGGGGUUAAAUUACCAAAAGAGUACGUCAUGGUUUACAACAACUCUGCUUCCCCAAUGAAAACAUCUCUUAAACUUAAUAUAACAGAGGCAGCACCUCCUGAGCAAGCAGCACCUCCUCCAGUGCUGCCUCUUACAGAUACUUCUAACCAGUCACUCCUUGACUCAGAUGUUUCCUCCAUUUCCGAUGUCUCACAGCCCACUAUUCAGACUCUUGCAGAAGCUGGGUCACUAGUUAUAACCCCUAAAAUAGCACCUAAGGUUAACUCAGGUCUCACAUCGGACUGGUCCUCUCCGCAGUCAACAACCGCCAUUCAAGGUACAGUCAAUGGCCGCACAUCAGGCAGAAAGAGGACACCCAAGACCUGUGACUGUUGCGGCCCCAUCAGAAGGGGACAAGAUGUCAGAACCUCAGGAAGAGGGAGGAGAAGGGGGCGAGGAAGAGGAAGGGGCACCGGAAGGAACAUCCACGGUACCCCACAACAGAAAAGUGAUGACAAGCUCAUGAGAAUUACUGACUUUGACCUGACGGGGGAUGAGUUCACUGAAGCUGAGGAUGAAAAUGACAUGCAUGACGGUAUGAACAUAUUCAAUACCCAGUCAGAGCCACAUGCUCCUUCACGUGUCUUUUUCUCUCUGCUGGAUGGGGACCUCUUGGAUAAUGGCCAGAUGAGUUUCCCAGAAACCAUGAUGCCAGCUACGUUGGCUUCAAAAGGGGAGGCGAUCAUUGGAAUUAAACCAGGAGUUGAAAAUGACGUAAUUGACGAUUCAAAAAAUGCCCCGACUCUGUCAGAGUUGGUUUGUCAUCAGGAGCAUAUGAACUGUAUAUCAGAUGCAUCACAGAUUGGAAAUGGAGAUUCGCUCAGUUUGUCCGAAGCAGAAACUGAAGCGGAGACACUUGAGGACAAAAGCAGUGUUAGUCAACAAGGAAAUGGAACACUUUGCUCAUCCGGAGUGUCAGCUUCUCCUUCAAGGCCAAGAAGUCCUCAGAACCAUGACGCAGAGAUGCAUGUAUCAGUGGAUUCUGACAGAACCGACUCGUCAUCUCGUUGUCUCUCACCGACUCUGUCCAUUGAAAACGGCACCUCACCCGCAGACCACAGUCCCAGAUCCGCACCCAUGGAAAUGGACAGUGCAAAUCAAACAAUGGUUUCUUCUUCACAACAUUAUCCUGUUACGGUAUGCGGCACGCAGCACUGCUGCCCCCUGACAGACCACCGUUUGUACUGUAACCCCGUAACUUGGGAGAACGUGGCAAAUCCUAUUAAGAAUAUGUCAGAAGAAAUAGAUGGACAAGACAUGGAUGGCGUUGUGGAAAGUGAUGAUAUCCGAGAGAGACUUAUUCAUCUGGUCCAUGACUUUUUGGAGAGCUUCUACAUAAAGUAUGGCAGUUUCAUUCCCCUCAGUGAGACAGAUGUCCUGGAAUAUCUGAAGAUGAACGGCAACUGCGACGACUUCAGUAAACUGGGACUGAACAUCAAACGGGAAAUGGCGCAGUAUAAGGCAGCACUAGCCUCUGCACCUGUAGCUGGCUUCAUGGUCAUCUAUAACAAACAUACGUUGAGCCUGGAAGAUCUUGGUACGCUGGAGGACCAGAAUUGGAUAAAUGACCAGAUUAUUAAUACGUAUGGAGACCUGAUUAUGGAAGCAACCGAGCACAGUGUUCAUUUUUUCAAUAGUUUCUUCCACAAGCAGUUGGAUGCCAAGGGGUAUGACGGCGUAAAGAGAUGGACCAAAAAAGUGGAUUUAUUCUCCAAGUGGCUCCUGCUCAUUCCCAUCCACUUAGAAAUCCACUGGUCUCUCGUCACUGUGACCAUGGCAACGAAAACCAUCAAUUACUUUGACAGCCAAGGCAUUGUCUUCCGACACACUGCAGAUAACAUAAUGAAGUACCUUCAGUCUGAAGCGCAAGAGAAGAAAAAGACAGAUUUCCUGAAAGGUUGGAAGAUUGCCAUUAUCAAGGGUAUUCCUCAGCAGAAAAAUGACAGUGACUGUGGCGUUUUUGUCCUGGAGUACUGCCGUUGUCUCUCGGUGAAGAAGCCUCUGUUGUUCAGUCAGGAUGACAUGCCUCGCAUUCGCAAACGGAUCUAUAAGGAGCUGUGUGACAGACACCUCAACUCCUAAAUGACUGAACUAUGGCCUCAUCAGAUCAGACUGCUUGGCUUUUUACAUGCAGAGGUCUCCGAGCUUGUUGGAUGGAUCUUAUUUUACAGCGCAUCUGUUGCUGAACAAACAACUGGGCUAUCUGUUUUCCAGUGAGCGGCAGAUUUGUUCACACGACUUGGAAAGAACUACUGACGUGGCCUCCUACUGAUGCUGGACUACUUUGUUUUUCACGUUGCCUUUCCUUUUUUGUAUUUCGCAUGGCCAGUUGAUAUGAAACUGGCCACUCUUUAGGACAGACAGGAUCUCUUCCUUGGACUCCUGCAGGCAUUCUCCCGGCUCGGACCAAACGGAGUGGCCAUUUUAAACAUAGUGACGAUUUAAAGUGUGUGUUUUAUGCGGGACUUUGAUAGCAGCAGCUCAUAUGUUUGUGUCUCUCGAACAUGUCAAUCAAGAAAGGAGAUGUGAUUCAGUGGACCAACUGUUCACCUAAAACUUGAAGAUGGAAGUUGGAUUUUCUUUCUUGGACUGCUAAUAUUUGCACGGAUAUUGAAGCUUAUACAUUGAGUUUAGAAAAACAAGCGAAUGUACUGCCCAAGUAUCCUUCCUUUUUUUCCUAAAAGAUUGUGACUUUUCAUGUCAUACAAGGUAAACACGCAUUUUGGGUGUGGCUCAAGAUAGGGGUACGUAGGUGAUCUAUUCUUAUUUUUUUCUCUCUCUCUCUCACUGUCAGGUUUUUGUCCUGUGACACCAAAUAAUUUCUUCUUAAAAUUCCACCUGCACACCCCCACCCUCACCUUAUUUUAUGUUGUAGUAUUUACCAGAUUGUUUACCUAAGCUAGCAAAACCCUGAUUUGCAAAACAUUCAUGUGUCCAUCCAUUUGAACUAAUGUAUACUUUCUCAUUGUUAGAUGUGCAGAUAAAGCUGCUGAUGUGAAGGCCACAGUUGUAGGUGUUAGCCUAGAAGUUAAACUUUCAGAUGUUCGUGUAGACGCAUUGAUGCAGGUUUAUAAAUACUUCCUCAUUUACCUCCUGUUGAGAAACAAGUGGACCUCGCUUUUUCGUUCCUGAGCGUCCCUCUCAUCUUGCUUUUGAUGUGGUAUCCUCUUGUGUGGAAUGACUAUAUUUUAACUUCUUUAAAUGCUUGCUUUGGUUAAACACCACAGGGGAAUCUUUGCUUUUUAAUUAUUUUAAUUUUAUUUAAUCCAAUACUGCUGCCUACGUGAUGCUUUUUUGUAUCGCUUUUGUAUGUCUUUGUUUGGGUUGAUGUUGACACAACAUGCAAUGACUGGAUUCAUUGUUGUUUGUACCUGUAUUUAACCAAUGUUUUCCCCCACACUUUUUUUCCAGAUAAAUACUCAACCGUA